AUGAGCAAUCUUACAUCCAUUUCCAUGUUUUUGCUGAGGGAAUUCUCAGACGUACGAGAACUACAGAUCUUACAUUUCUUUCUGUUCUUAGGAUUCUACUUGACAACCCUGGCUGGGAAUCUUCUAAUCAUUGUUGCAGUAGCAUUUGACCAUCACCUGCACAAACCUAUGUAUUUUUUCCUAACGAACUUGGCAUUGAUGGAUGUUGGCUCCGUUUCUGCCAUCAUACCCAAAUCUAUGGCGAACUCCAUCAUGAACAGCAGGUCAAUUUCAUAUUCUGGGUGCGUGGCUCAAGUUUUCUUCUACUUCUUCUUUACAUUCGCUGAUCUUUCCCUUCUAACAGUAAUGGCACACGAUCGCUAUGUUGCCAUUUGCAACCCAUUACAAUAUGAGAUGAUUAUGUACAAAGGAGCUUGUAUUCAAAUGAUUGUCAUUGUGUGGAUUACAAGUCUUCUUUAUUCCAUGCUACACACUUGCAGCACUUUUGCAAUCACCUUCUCUUCUAAUGUUGUCAAUCAGUUCUUCUGUGAAGUCCCAAAGUUACUAAAGCUCUCCUACUCUAACAUUUACCUAGUUGAAGCUGGGCUGAUUGUGCUUGGGUGUUUUAUAGCACUAGGAUGCUUAAUUUUCAUCCUCAUAACGUACAUGCAGGUAUUUGCUGUAGUGCGCAGAAUACCUUCGGUGCAUGGUAAGAAAAAAGCCCUCUCUACUUGCCUUCCCCACCUCACGGUGGUAUCUUUGUUUCUGGGCACGGCAAUAUUUGCCUACGCAAAGCCUCCCAGUAAUGUUUCUUCCUUUCUUGAUGUAGCUUUUGCUGUGAUCUAUACCAUAAUUUCUCCCAUGUUGAAUCCAUUCAUCUACAGCAUGAGAAACAAAGAAAUCAAGACUGCUUUGUGGAAACUCUUAGAUUUCAGGCAUUCUGCCAGAAGUACAUUUAGAGUUCUAUAG